GGUGACAGCCUGUGCAAGGGGACAAGAACUCAUGUGAGACACAUUUGGAAUGAACAGAUAGAAGAGGGAGUGGAACAGAGAAGGACCGCGGCACGAACAGCACCGAGCGUCAGCAUGGGAGUGAAGAGCAAGGCUGCUGCGGCCAUCACGGUGCUGCUGCUCUUCUUCGGCUACUUGUGGCUACAGGGAGGAUUGGAUUACCACUGGGAUUCUUGCUUGAAAAGCUACAAUCAGAUCAACAAGUUUAACCAUCUGCCCAAUAGCAGUGUGGCUGAGCGAACUGAGGGCUCUGUGGGCCUGGAGGAGUGUCCGGGUCAGACGUUCCAGUCGUCGCUGCUGCUCUCCCACCUGCUAGCUGCAUCCAGCCAUCAAUCAGACGUGCUGCUGCAGCCAUAUCUCGCCAGCUGGGAUGAGCUUGUAAAGUUUAUGGAGGCACUGGGCCCGAUGGUUGGACUGAUAUCUAAAGAGAUUGAGACCAAGACCUCUAUUAUCCGCCAGCUGGCCCUGCUGGCAGAUGAGAGCCCGGAGGCAGAGGUGGGCUCUGACAAAAGCCUGAUAGAUUAUGUGACCACAGAGGUUGGUGUACUGGAUAAGCCGGAGUCCUCACAUCAUGCCGGUGCUUACCAUUCUGUGCGCUCCAUGAUCCAUGCUGAACUAAACCAAGGCCUGGUGGACUUCCACCACCAGACAGACUCUGGCUGUCGCACCCUCCUGCGUCUGCACCGUGCUCUACUCUGGCUGAAGCUGUUCCUGGAGAAGCUAGCUGAAACUCCAGAGACUGGCCGCCUCAGGAGCCCCUCGGAGCUCUGUCGUGAGGCCUACCAGGGCACCCUUGCACACCACCAUACCUGGUUUGUCCGCAGGGCUGCUGAGCUAGCCUUCAUCGCCAUGCCUGAGCGAGCCUUCUUCUUCAGGCUGGUGUGCAUGCAAAACCAGGAGGAGCUCAGUGUGCUGCUGACCACGGUGGUUCAGGCCUUAGGGGAGGUUUAUGACAGGACUCAAUGGGCCCUGGAGGAAAAUGGCAUGCUGGACUUGCCAUAAAGUAGAGAAGGGAGUCCCUGGAUAUAUGCACAGUGAUAGCAGUACAGCUUCCAGGACUAUUUGCCCUGUCUUGCUGUACAAACCUGGCUUUAACAGAUCAUACCAGUUAUAUUAAAGACGUUUUGCCUUGAAAGGAGUAUAAACAUUACAAGAAAUUGUGCAGGGUCUUAAUCAUCAUUUGCCAAUUAUGAGUGCCAUGUUUUCCUCCCAACCAAAGACCAGCGGGAACAAUCAGCUAAUUUUCCCUGUUUACCUUAAGUCCAUAGACAUUCCUCAUCCCAUACCUUUCACCCUUAUUUUAUAAAAACAUUUUAAAGCCUAUGGUGAUUCAUUUAGCCUUCUUGAGAGGCCAACUCUGAUUUAUUUAUGUAAAUGAUUGUUUUUUACACAUCGGCUCUCAUAAUGACUGCCAAUUGCUAUUAGAAGGUGAUUUAGCUUGCCAUCCCUAAACUAAAACUAACUAGUACAAAAUACUGUUCAUAGGCCUACAAAUAUGUGACAAAUCUUAAUCAUGUUCUUGCUAACCACGUUACAACAUGGGCUAUCACAUUAAAUCAGCAUAUGCUGGACACAAAGUGUGGACUUUCAGGGGCAGGUAAUGGUCCUUUGCAAUGUAGUAAUUCUGGAGCUUAAAUAAGAUGUAUAUAUUUUUCUGUUUUUGCACUACAAUU